AUGCCACCCCCCACAGUCUCCACACCUCCAUCUGCAAGAGAGCUAACUCAGGCAAUGCAGAACCUCAUUCUGCUCUACCCAGCAGACCCACCGGCCUACACAAGCAGGCCAGCAAUACCAGUGACCCCUCCAGCACGCCCAGACACUCCCAGGCCAACAGAGGCGCAUGCACCAGCACCCUUGCCCUUCCCCCUGUUCUCCAGCACGCUAGACACUCGCUGGACCCCAGGAUACUCGUCUCCAGUGAGAGAAACACAACAGGAACCUCAGAGCUACCUAGGAUGGGGCAAUGAGGAGAUAAGAAGGAAUGUGGAAACAUUUGAAGGCAGGGAGAAUGAGGAACUGUUUAAUUUUGAGGAGUUACUUGCCAUUGAUUGUUCUGAAUGGAUGUAA